CCCGGCGCGGCGCGCUCAGGCGGAAGUGAGGUCGUCGGUUCUGGUGGCUGCGCAGCGUCGGCGGGGAGCGCGGGCUGCGGAGAGGCGGGCCGGACCAAGCGGAGCCGAGCGAGCGGGAGCGCGGCGUCCGGGAGGCGGCGGAGACGUGGGGCUCGGAGGGUCAGCCUCUUAUCGUAGCAGGUCUCCUCGGCGCGCCCCCCUUGUUUCGCCCCACGGCCAAGCCCGCCGCGGGCCGGCGUGCGCUGGUCACUGAGGCCCAGGUCGCCGCCGCGGCGCGUUUUUGAAAUCAUGAAUCCUGUUUAUAGUCCUGGAUCUUCUGGGGUUCCCUAUGCAAAUGCCAAAGGAAUUGGUUAUCCAGCUGGUUUUCCCAUGGGCUAUGCAGCAGCAGCUCCUGCCUAUUCUCCUAACAUGUAUCCUGGAGCGAAUCCUACCUUCCAAACAGGUUACACUCCUGGCACACCUUACAAAGUGUCCUGUUCCCCCACCAGCGGGGCUGUGCCGCCGUACUCCUCCUCCCCAAACCCCUACCAGACUGCCGUGUACCCUGUGCGAAGUGCCUACCCGCAGCAGAGCCCGUAUGCACAGCAAGGCACGUACUACACACAGCCGCUGUAUGCAGCACCUCCUCACGUCAUCCACCACACCACGGUGGUGCAGCCCAACGGCAUGCCUGCAACAGUGUACCCUGCUCCCAUCCCCCCUCCUAGAGGCAACGGGGUCACCAUGGGCAUGGUGGCUGGGACCACCAUGGCCAUGUCAGCAGGUACCCUGCUGACUGCUCACUCCCCAACUCCUGUCGCCCCCCACCCGGUCACUGUGCCCACGUACCGGGCCCCAGGAACGCCCACUUACAGCUAUGUGCCCCCUCAGUGGUGAUCACCUGCAAAUGUUUGAGGACGGAGCUGUGCAGUCACAUUAUUGGGGAUUCCACAGCUGGUGCUGCAGGCCUUGCGCCUCCAACCAGGACUUUCUUCUUAAUGCUCUCGACACUUAGCUAAACACGACUAUAUCCCGGCCCAGCAGGCCCCAGCGCCGUUAGUCUCCAGCUGACUCUGUGGGUUGGUCUUAAAGCAAAUUCUGUUUUGUGGACUGCCUGGCAAUUUUUUAGCUAACUGUAAUGAUAAAAAGGGAGUAUUAAUCUAUUCUGAAUCAUAUCUAGUUGAAUGCAUGUUUAAAAAAACAAACACAAAAAGCUUGCUCAAUCUACCUGCAGUGACUGAUGCAAAACCAUCAUAUGCAAAAUCCAAAGGAAUGGAAACGUAUUUUACAACUUGUAUUACCAAUGCACUGUUGUAAUGUAUGCAAAGUCUUAAAGUUAUAAGUGUUAAAGUGAAUUUCUUCAUAGAGCAUCUGAAAUAUCUUAGAUGAUUCUUCAGCCUUUUGGGGUUGAUGUGGGUUGCCAGUUAGGGAUGUGGACAUUUUAGUUUUCAGCGACCUGUUUCUUUGGCACUGACUGUCCUGGGAGGGAGUUGCGAGGUUUGGGAGAGAGUAGGGAAGCCACAGCUGCUUGGGUGCAGCCGGUUCAUGGACAUCCCUUUGAGUUUAGGCUUGGUGGAGUCAGUGGAACAGGGACAUGCUUAAAGCUCAUCAUGAAAGAUUAUGGUAGUGUGGCCAGUAAAAUUUGGGGCGAGGGGGGUGGUUUAUGUGUCAGCAAAGCAGUUUCUCUGCUAUCUAAAUUUUCAUUACAGUUCUCUUAGAUGAUGUUUUUAUAUAUCUUUAUUGGAAAAGUCCUAUGUAAAACUAAAUUAUUUUCCUGGGAUGGAAGAAAUGUGAAAGAGAAACAGCCAUGCUUGCAGGAGGUAUUGUCCUCUGCUUUAUUUAGCUUAGAAAAUCAUUCCAUUUUUUUUUUUUUUUUCUGGAGAAAUGUUUGAAUCAGCUGAAAACAGGUAGGCAGGCAUUGCUGUUUUUCCCCUACAAAGAAGGGCAAAGGUUUCAGCUGUAUGUUAUGAAGAAAGUGGUAUAUUUAAGAAUGAGUUAAAAGGGAACAAAACUUUAUUUAAAAUUCCUCCAAUUUCUUGUAGAAAGGCAGGGCCAUGGAUAUGUCUGGAAAUGUAGAAACCUGUAGCUGCUUCUGGGAUCACCCACCUGAUGGUGGUGACUUGUCUGCUGAGGCCGGCUGGAGGGGACGCUUAGAGAUGGGGCGAGGGGGAGGCCGGUGUCUGUUGUCUGCGAGCCUCUCCUGCCAUCUCUUUUGCAGCUGAGGGCACUUGGCACAAAGCAAGCACAGACAGCAGAGAGGGCCAGGCAGUGCUGGAGUGCAUUUGCUGGCAGGGUUUAUUGUGGGAGAGGAAUUUGAGUUUAGAAUCUGAAUCUUGUACAUAAGAAAUCAAGAGGCUUCCUUCCACCCCGCCCCCAAAAUAUGCCCGCCCUGUGUCCAUGAGAGUGCGUGUCAGUUCUCAGUGAGGGUCAGAGUGGGGGUGGGGGAUGUAAGGCGUGGGUCCCUUUCAGCGGCCUCUAGGGCAGGAGCGUGCGUCUUCUUCCCAGUUCAGUGGUGUUUUGAGUGCUGUGGGCUUUGGUGGGGAGGGGGCUCUGCUCCUCUUCUUUCGCUGGUAGCUGGGUCAGGGCACUGGCGCCCAGUAAGGAUGCCCACUGGCAUUCUGCCCCAGUUGGUUGGUGGGGGGACACCUGACCACUGAGCCUUUGGUAACCUUAUUUUUUAUAGUAAGUACUCAUAAUUUUCUUUUUCACAUCUUAUUUUAUAAGAAGUUUAGGAAUAUUUUUGCAUGGAUCAUUGUAAACAGCAGAUUCUUUAUUCCUGAUGUCUGUUAACAUAGAAUGUUUACUGAUAAGUACUUUAAAUUGCUUCAUGAGCACUUAAUCCAUCUUAGUGUCUAUGUGUGGGGGCAGACAUUUACCGCAGGCACACAGUUUGUGCCCCUUUCUUCAAGUCUCUGUUGGUAAUUCCAUCUGUUUAGUGGAUGGUUGGCAGGAUUAGUAUGUUCUAAGGGUUCCAGGGGUUCAGCUGACCAAGUAGCAGAGAAGUUUUUUUUCCCAAUUGAAUGCUAAUAGAUUAGGAUAAAAUACUCACAAUGUUAGUGUAUGCUUUUAAAAAGCCCCACACAACAAUAUGGAAACAUACAUGCACAACUCCUGUGCGGGCUGGAGUGUCGGGGUUCAGGAGGAGGUUAGAAGUUACAGGCAUCUCUUCAGGCUUGCUUGGUACUUGGCACACACAGGAUGGUGUUUUAAAGAGUGGGCUGUACCCCCCACACGCCAUUUACAUCAGCUUCAUAAACACUUUUCUUCCUCCCUAUAACUUAACCUUUUUUCCCUUUUAUGAAGUUGAGAGGCUUUAUGAAAUAAGUUUGCAUUGCACAUCCGUGCAGAAAUCUUUCUGACUUUGAAACUUUCAGGCCAUCAGCUGUCAGAUACGAAAGGUAGAUAUCAGGUAAGAAUCUGGACUUAGGGAAUAGUCACAAAACUGUCAUAGGUUGUAAUUUUAUCAACAUUCGCUUCUAGUAAAAUUAAAGUUAAUUAAGAAAUAGAACUUGGGUCAAAAUUCUGUUACAAAGCUGCAUAAUUUGUCCUGAAGCAUACGGUGGAGCAUUCUGAGAAAUUUGCUUUUUGUAUGUUUGACAUUCCUAAUUUGGGAGUCCUUCAGCUGAAUUACUGUUCUUUUAGAAGUUGAGACAGGCAAGCAAGGGACCUAGUUCAUGUAAACAUGGACAUCAUGAUGGCUAUUUAAAAAAUAUUUGUUCUACACCUUCUUCCCUGAGGCUUGGGAGUGUGUUCAGCUGCUGCAGUUUCUCUGCUCAUGGAAGUCUUGUUUGGAUCUGUGCUGGGGGCUGAGCAUUUAGUGUGAGCCAGUGACCCAUGAACUUGCCACUCUGUGAGGGCCAGAGUCAGGGCCAGUCAUGGUAAUGGGCCUGAAGGCACUUCCAGAACCUUUUAUGUCUCUUGUGAGCCAUCUGUUAAGAACAUUCUUCUUGGUGUGGUUUGUAGGCCUACCUGUUGCUAUUCUGGGAAACCUUGAGUGCUAUGCAAAUAUGUUCACAGAAGAUGGGGGGGGGUCCUGAGCCUUGGGGUGGGCGCCUGGUCAGUGAGUGUCCUGCCCUUCCCCAGCUGGGCAUACAGUACUUUGCUCUUUCUGGUGGCAUCAUCUGGCUGUGAUGAAUGAGGUCUAGGAAAUAAUUUGCAUGUGUCUUGGGGACACAACAGUAACGAGAGGAAAUACAUUAUUACAGCAACUUGCAAUGUACUAAUACCUGUCAAUAUUGGCCCCCGUAAUGUAUGUAAGGCACCUGUGAGUGCCAGUGAGUGCUGGUGAAAGGCCAACAUGUACCAGUUACGUAAGUAUUGGUGUCUGCUUUAAAAAAGGAGACCCAGACUUCACCUGUCCUUUUUAAACAUUUGAGAACAGUAUUACUCUGAGCAGUUGGGCCACCUUCACCUCAUCCGACAGCUAACUGUUGGAUGUGUCCAUUGUCGCCAGUUUGGCUGUUGCCCAGACAGGACAGGACCUCCAUUGGGCGCAGCAGCAGGUGACAGGGGUGUGGCUUGAGGUGGGCAGCAGCGUCUGGUCCUCCUCUCUGGUGCUUUCUGAGAGGGUCUCUAAAGCCGAGUGUGGUUGGCCUGGGGGAAGGCAGAGCACAUGAUUUCUCCCCUCUAGUACCCCUGCAUUUGUGAGUGUUCCCUCUGAGCUUUCUGAAGGGCAGCAGACUCUUGAGUAUACUGCAGAGAACAUGCUCUAUCAGUAGGUCCUGAGGGCUCCAGUAACACAGAAGUGGGGGUGUGUGGCCUAUUUGGGUAGGAAACUGCAUGUUUCAGAAAGUUUGUCUCUUUUUCUUACUCAUUAUUUGAAGAAUAGAGAGCCUGUGGGGAUAGCCUUAUUUUGGUCCACAGGACUAAAGUGAAGUCACUUGGGAAGGGGAGACAGAGGAUGAGCGGCGUCUCUGUAGGGACCCCGGGCCUGCAGAAGGGUGGUGUGCUCCCAGGACUGGCAUGACAGGUGUCUCCUCCUCACCACAGGCUGUGCCCAUGAGUCCCUGUGCAGACCAGUGGGCAAGGCAGCUGGGCCAGAUCUCAGGCCAGCCGUUUGUGCUCCUAGCAGGGUUGCUGUGCUGGCCACACGGAGAGGCCCUAGACAGCCUCAUGGAUUGUAACUAAAGAAGAAACGGUUCCUUUUUGUUUUUUUAAAAAAUGAUUUUUAAAUACCGUUUUUUACACCGUUCUCUCGGUACUUUUUUUAAGCUAAGUCAGCAUUGUCUUCCAGUGUUAAAGGCAUCCCUCACCUCUGCAUUGAACUUACGUAUCCAUGCCAAGGAAUGGAAUUUCCGUCCUGAGCCAGUUCAAUUAGGUGUCAAUUGAUACUAUUUUAAUUUUUUAUGCAAUCUGAUGAGUAGAUGAGCUCAGAUUUAAAAAUCUCAAAAGCACGUUUAUUGUAACAAGAAUUGUUAUGUAUUAAUACUGCAGUUUUCAAUAAAGAUUGACUUGUGUUGCA